AUGCUGGUGGUCCUGCUCACAGUGUCCUUGCUGGCUCUGAGCUCAGCUCAGCGCCCAAGUGAAGAAUUUGUGCUUUCCAACCGCAAUACCAGAGAGAGACAACCCUUCCCUGGAAACUCCCAAGGAGGCUCCGUUGAUAGUCAAACCCCUGUUCUUCAAAACACAGGGGAGCCACAACCCAAAAAGUCUCUGCGGCCAUCACAGCCAACACAACAGAUUCAGCGGCCAAGGCCAGCUCCACUGCCUAGGCCGCCACCGCAGCAGUCACAACAGUCUCAGUUGGCUGUGCAGCAGCAGGAACAGAAAGUGAAUGAAAGGAUCAUGAGCUAA